AUGGCUGGACAACAACACGUCACCAGAGGCCACGGCCGCCUCACAGAAGCUGUUCUGGCGAAGGGUGAAGGUUCAUACGUGAGCUUUGAAGAUGGGCGUAAGAUGCUAGAUUUCAGCUGCGGUAUUGGAGUGACAAAUCUUGGUCAUUGCCACCCGAAGGUUUCCAAAGCUGCAGCAGACCAAUGCGUGAAUAUUGUUCAUGCUCAAUGCAGUAUCUCAUUCCAUGGCCCUUACUUGCGCCUGAUCGAGAAACUCCUUCCAAUAAUGCCUGAUCCCUCGCUUGACUCGUUCUUCUUCUGGAACUCAGGCUCUGAAGCCAUUGAAGCAUCCCUCAAGAUGGCACGACAAAUUACUGGUCGGCAGAACGUUAUCACCAUGCAGGGCGGUUAUCAUGGUCGAACGUUUGGUGCCAUGGCUGUCACGAAGAGCAAGACAGUCCAUAGUGAAGGAUUCUUUCCGUUGAUGCCUGGGGUAUUCGCCAUACCAUUCCCGUACUGGCACCAACUGGGAUUACCACUCGAUACGAGUGAAGAAGAGCUCGUCCGACUCUCAUUGUAUCAACUAGAUCUUGCUCUCAAACAACAAACAGCUCCCAGGGACACAGCUGCCAUCAUCAUUGAGCCUGUACUUGCAGAGGGUGGCUAUGUACCAGCCCCUGUAUCCUUCCUGAAAGGAUUGUGCGCCGUCUGCGACAAACACGGCAUCCUCCUUAUCGUGGAUGAAGUACAGAGCGGAUUCGGCAGGACUGGCAAGUACUUCAAUAUUGAAUAUAGUGGUGUCCGACCCGAUAUCCUGACAAUCGCAAAGGGUCUUGCAAAUGGAUUCCCGUUGAGUGGUGUAGUCAGCAGGAAGGAGCUUACCGAUAAGUUGGUGCCAGGUUUCAUGGGAGGUACAUAUGCAGGCAACGCUGCAUCAUGCGCCGCCGCGGUAGCCGUUGCUAACGCCUUCCGUGAGGAGAAGGUGCUCGGCAAUGUUUCUGCUCGUCUGACAGUUUCCAGCUCGAGCGAACUUUUAACAUCGUUAAAGUCCAUCCGUGAUGACCCAGAAGUAGGAAGCACGAUCGUCGAUAUCCGGGGUCAGGGCCUGAUGAUUGCUGUCGAGUUUGCAUGCCCGUCGUACUCUCCAACAGAUCCCGCUCUGGUUUCAUCCGCACCGAAGAGCCUGUAUGCUCAUUCGAGCAGUGCAUUGAGCCGUUUGAGAAUGGGCCAUGCCCUGCCUCGCCUGCUCUUGCGAGGUUGA